AUGUUAAAAGGCGAGAACCUACUUCUUUAUGCAAUCGCUCACCAACUCAGUCCUUCCAAGCUCGACGCUUCCGAAUCAGACAACGGAGAAGAACUAUCAAGCGAAAACAUCUGCCAAGCGGUACAAAUUGCCAAUGAUUGCAGUGCUAUGCUCCAUAUUCGCCUUCAUAGCGAAGAUUUCCGAUACUUUUGCGAUGACGACUCGCCUAUAUACCGAGAAGCACGUCCCACAAUAACUAUGGCGGAGCUUAUCGAGAGCGGGUUUCUAAAAGAUUUGCGUGUAUUUCAUCUCAAAGAUAGAUGGACACUAGCGGUAAAUCUUGCCCAGUGCCUACUACAAUUGCAUGACGGACCUUGGCUUCAGACAUUAUGGACUGCCGAUAAUAUCUUUCUCUUAUGUGAAAAUCCUAAGGAGGGUCGCAAAUUGCGGAAUGUCCACAGUCCGUUUAUUUCCUCUGUCAUAUCCGAAAAUCCACCGAACCUUCCGAAGCCUACACAUUUCGAUAGGUAUCCAUUACUCCUGUCCUUUGGGCAAUUCUUGCUAGAACUUGCGAAUGGAGAGAAACUUCCGAUUGCGAAAACGAAAACAGGAGAAUAUAGUCCAUACAAGACGUUAAAGAAUAACUUCAUCGAAAUGAAUACGGGCAGUCUUAGUGAUGACUAUAAAGAGGCAAUUGAGGGAUGUCUGAAGUUUCAAAAGUUUAUCAAGGACGAAAAGGAGGCAAACGAAGAAGUUCGAAUCCGUACAACUAUCUUUAAGAAGAUUGUUCAGCCAUUGGAACGCAAUCUUCGGUUGUUCAGCAAAGACAUAAUAUUGAAUAACACUGGCAUUGUAAAGGUUGGAGAUCGGAAAGACAUAUUACUUACAACCCCGCAAACUUCUCAUCCCCAACCUCUAAAAGAUACUCGUCCCGCUAACAGAGGAAAAACUGAGAACAGCCAAAUUACCAGUUCAGAACAUAGUAACUACCAGCUACUUAUUCUCAAUCCGUUGAGUUCUCAUACUGGAUAUAAGUCGCACCAUCAAGCGGAAUUACAUCAGGUCAUGAACAUCCCUGGGAAAGAUCACACGCUUGUCCAGUUUCCGAGAACAGAGAUAAAAGCGCAGCUCUAUCAAGAAGUCACAGCCGUGGCGACACAGCUAUCACAUUCCAAUUGCAGGCAACUGGUUAAUCUUGAUACCAGAUCAACUUCUGAAUCGGAGUCUGAAUCAGAUGAAGACGAAGGUAGACUCUUUGGGACUUUCGACACAAGAGAUUCAGCAGCGCAAGAAUUCACAUCUUUACAAUGGGGUCGCACCUUUAAAACAUUAUCGCGAACUUAUAACGAUUAUUUUCAAUACACGCACUCCGAUGGGUGUGUUAAAGUCGCCAUCUUCGACACUGGCAUCGACCAGGAUCAUCCGGAUUUCUUAUACCCACGCUCAAAGCCUCGAAGAAGUAGCGGGAAAAUUGGCUCAGUUACAGGAGAAGAACUACAGAUUGAUCGCAUCAAAGCGUGCCAAAAUUUCUGUGACGAUCGAAGAAGCAUCAACGAUGUUACGGAUAUCGACGGUCACGGUACUCAUGUUGCCGGAAUCAUAUUACAGCUCGCACCAACAACAGAGCUUUAUAUAGCGCGGAUUUGCCAAGGUGAUGCGAAAUAUGGGGAUAGUUCGAAACAAAAGGAUCCAACGGCCCAGCUGAAGCAGUCAGUGGUUUAUCCCGAUAGAGUUGAAAGAGCAAUUGAGUGGGCUAUUGAACACAAAGUUGACAUUAUCAACAUGUCCUUUGGUUACAAACACUGGGAUCAACAGCUUGACCAAGCUUUAAAGAAAGCACGGGACCAUGGAAUAGUUAUCUUUGCGGCAGCGUCGAAUUUUGGAAACCAUGAGCAAGUAUCGUGGCCAGCAAGAGAUUCAGAUAGAACAAUUUGCGUUCAUUCUUCCAUUGAGUUUGGGACUAACCCUUCGAAUUUCACGCCAAAAGCACACCCUGAUACUACAAACUUCAUGGUAGUCGGAGAAGAGAUAUGUUCACACUGGCCAGAAUCUAAAGGUGGGGGGUUUCGAACUAUGACUGGCACUUCUACAGCAACGCCCGUGGCCACUGCAAUUGGUGCGCUCUUGAUAGCAUUUACGCGACAGGGUGUUCUUGAUAGAAGGAAGAAGAGGGAGGUAGAAGACGAUAUUGGUCCGGUCAAACUUGAUGAUCUUAGUAACAUGAGAGCUCUGCUGAGGCAUAUCUCUAUGGAAACUAAUGGUUAUCAUUGGAUUAAUCCUCGGCUGCUUUGGGACCAAUUUGCGCCAACAAAAAGGCAAGAGGGCCCCGGUGCAGCAUCAAAGUAUGCGUGGGAAGAGAUACGAAGGGCUUUACGUAGAUGAAUGAGUAGAGACCGAUUGGUAUGUUACACAAGUUACAAGUAACACAUGUAUAAACUC